UAAUUAAUCUGUUGCAAUUAAACAUAGUAAAUAUAUAGGUAAAAAUACAGAUAACAGCGGCUCUUUCCGUUUUAACAUAAAAACUUUGUAUUCCAACGGAGAAUAAAUUAGAUUAACAGCUAAUUAUGGUCUCCACCGUGAAAAUCUUCAACAUUAUCAUACCGCGAAAGGAUGAUCUUUGCUGUGCGAUCUGUAAGAUUAUGAAUUCCGAGAACGAUCCCUUGAUUUAUUCCAAUUACUGCAGGAAGAAUAUUAAAUGCCGACAACUUCUUCAGGAGACUCCUCAGGCGAUGGCCGCCCCGAUAACUAAUCGGAAACUGCUUGAAACCGGUAGUUCUUUGUAUGUUAUCAGCACAAAAGAGUUUUUUAAGAGCUGUACCUUCCGGGAUCAUCUUGACGCCCUGAAUAUACAGGUGAUGGAUUUACUGGACCCUGUUCCAAUUUACAUCUACAAGUCAUGUCUACUCUACACCGUGGAAUACAAGCUGGCACCACAAUGGAACAAGGUCGGGAUGUAUCUCGUCGAGGGAGAUUUUCUCACCUCGACAGGAAGCGUCAACGCAAUCACACUGAAUAUUAAAGACAUCCGUGACAAUAAUGCGCACCUUCAUGUGGAAGCUUCAAAUCUCAAAAUACCAUUUCUGAGAUUGAAAACCACACGGUCAUCGCAACAUGAUUUGCAAUCACCAGUACGUGUUCUACCAAGCAUGAAAAUGGCAAAUAUAUUGAGCGUCUCGAAAAGAAUUGGAGAAAAAUUUAAGACUUAUGAAAACUUACGUGCGUAUUGGAAAAACAUGUACGGUUAUAUGUUGCCAGAUUAUGAGGAAGGAUUCUUAUUUUACAAUGUUGAAUUCUUUUAUUUCAAGUCGAGUAUUUUUAUAUAUCCUGAAAUGUGUUUAGCCUCAGGACCUCUAGAAAUUCUUCCACCUGCGAUGGAUCCGGUGUCUAGGAUUUAUAAAUUUGUGGGAGAUCUAAGAGGAAGAGUGACUAAAUUAUGCGAGCAGCAAUUGGACGUGUUCCCGGAAGACAUGUAUCAGGCAGCUAUUUUAGCAUGUACACCGAUGUUACCCAAAGUUGAUAAGUUUUCGGACUGGGGUACAGGAUAUGGCACAGGAUCGAGAAGAAUUAGAAAUGUGAUGCCUCGAAUGUUUGAUACGUGCGAUAUUCCCACAAAACAAUCGCGAUUAUCGCUAUCAGGGAUUAACAAGUCUGUUAUGUGCAAGACUGAAAUCGAUCUCGAUUUUGGAAUCAAUCCGACAAAUAACUUUAAUAAAGUACUCAAAACCACUGAUACUAUUUCGACGAUGUUAUAUGAUAAUGCUGUGACCGACAAAUCAGUUGUCCAGAAAGAUGAAAGCAAGUCGAAUUAUUUUAAGCAAAAGGAGGAAAAAUUUGAGAGCAACUCUUUAGUAGAAAUGGCAAAUAAAGAAGAGAAGCCCAAGAAGCAAAGCCUAAAGGAGAAACUAUUAAGAAAUUUUUAAGAAAAUAUUUCUACAAUUUGCUGUCUCAAUAACAAUUAUUAUUACUCAUUUCUCUAUCUAAAAUACGAUUUCAUAACAACAAUCUACAUAAUAAAAGUAUUUUUAAUAAAGUAAUUAGAGAACCAUUUUAAAUCAGAAUAAAUAAAUA